UUAUUCUUCUAACCUUCUGACAAGCAAAGCCAACGGGAAGCCAGAUUCAUUUUAACCGCCGGGUUACCAACUUAACCACAAGAGCGAUUCACUAUUAACUGGGGUGAGAAAAACCAUAAAACGGGGGCCCAAAAGCCCUUAACAAACCUCUCCCUUAACAAGAGAAAUUCGGGGCUCCCUUGUGCUCCUCAUUCGAGGACCCCCCUCUACCCAACCAUCCUUCCCCGAGGGACGAAAGGUGAUCUUAUCCCGCCCAUUUGUGUGACCCCAUUUUUCUCGUCCCGCUUUCUUCUCGCAGAUACAAGAGCCUGGUGACGGGGAAGCGAGCCCGCGGACUCAUCGCUGUCCUCUGGCUCCUCUCGUUCAUCAUCGGCCUGACGCCGCUGAUGGGUUGGAACAAGAUGGGCGCCGUUCAGAACUGCACCAACGAGACGCGGAGGCCCAGCGGGGACCGCCGGGUGACCUGCCUCUUCGAGAAUGUGGUGCCCAUGAGCUACAUGGUGUACUUCAACUUCUUCGGCUGCGUCCUCCUGCCCCUCUUCAUCAUGCUCUGCAUCUACAUCAAGAUCUUCGCCGUGGCCUGCAAGCAGCUGCGGCAGAUCGAACUGGUGGGCAACUGCCGGAUGACGCUGCAGAAGGAGGUCAGCGCCGCCAAGUCGCUGGCCAUCAUUGUGGGCCUGUUUGCCCUCUGUUGGCUGCCGCUGCACAUCCUUAACUGCCUGAUUCUCUUCUACCCCACCUUCGCCAAGAGCAAGCGGGAGUGGAUGAUGUAUCUAACCAUCAUCCUCUCCCACACCAACUCGGUGGUCAACCCAAUCAUUUACGCUUACCGUAUCCAGGACUUCCGGUAUACGUUCCGGAAGAUCCUGUCGCGUUACGUCCUCUGCAGGAACGAGGAUUUUCCCAACUACCCCAAAGGGUGCAACAGCGGCGGUAGCAGCCGUCACUUGGCGGGGAAUAACCUGAACACAUCGCCGACCUACGUUUGAGGUCACCUGGACGGUCAAAAGGUCUUUUUUCUGUCCGGAACAGCACACACACAUCGCGCUGUUCAGUGGGAAACAAGCGGCCAGGAGGUUCAUAUUCAAGGUAGUCCGCGACUUACGACCGUCCAUUUCGACUAAGUCAUUGACGGUGGGAAACGGGAGGAGGGGGGGGUCACC